AUGCCAAGGCCGUGGGGGACCGUUUGUUUUCUAGGCAUUGCUCAGGGUUGCAGUUUUUGGUUCUCCCGGUGGAAUUUGGAAGGGGUCAUGAAUCAGACUGAUGCUCCUCGUCCCCUAAACUGGACCAUCCGGAAGCUGUGCCACGCAGCCUUUCUCCCAUCUGUCAGACUUCUGAAGGCUCAGAAAUCCUGGAUAGAAAGAGCAUUUUAUAAAAGAGAAUGUGUUCACAUCAUACCCAGCACCAAAGACCCCCAUAGGUGUUGCUGUGGGCGUCUGAUCGGCCAGCAUGUGGGCCUCACUCCCAGUAUCUCCGUUCUUCAGAAUGAGAAAAAUGAGAGUCGCCUCUCCCGAAAUGACAUCCAGUCUGAGAAGUGGUCCAUCAGCAAGCACACACAGCUCAGCCCGACGGAUGCUUUUGGGACCAUUGAGUUCCAAGGAGGUGGCCAUUCCAACAAAGCCAUGUACGUGCGAGUGUCCUUCGACACAAAACCUGAUCUCCUUCUGCACCUGAUGACCAAGGAAUGGCAGCUGGAGCUUCCCAAGCUUCUCAUCUCCGUGCACGGGGGCCUGCAGAACUUCGAACUUCAGCCAAAACUCAAGCAAGUCUUCGGGAAGGGGCUCAUCAAAGCAGCCAUGACCACCGGAGCGUGGAUCUUCACAGGAGGGGUUAACACAGGUGUUAUUCGCCAUGUCGGAGACGCCUUAAAGGACCAUGCAUCCAAGUCUCGAGGGAAGAUAUGUACCAUAGGCAUUGCCCCCUGGGGAAUUGUGGAAAACCAGGAGGACCUGAUUGGAAGAGAUGUUGUCCGGCCAUAUCAGACCAUGUCCAACCCCAUGAGCAAGCUCACUGUUCUCAACAGCAUGCAUUCCCACUUCAUCCUGGCUGACAACGGGACCACCGGGAAAUAUGGAGCUGAGGUCAAGCUGCGGAGACAACUGGAAAAGCACAUUUCUCUCCAGAAGAUAAACACAAGAUGCCUGCCGUUUUUCUCUCUUGACUCCCGCUUGUUUUAUUCAUUUUGGGGUAGUUGCCAAUUAGACCCAAUUGGAAUCGGUCAAGGUGUUCCAGUGGUGGCGCUCAUUGUGGAAGGAGGACCCAAUGUGAUCUCGAUUGUCUUGGAGUACCUUCGAGACACCCCUCCAGUGCCUGUUGUUGUCUGUGAUGGGAGUGGACGGGCAUCUGACAUCCUGGCAUUUGGGCAUAAAUAUUCAGAAGAAGGCGGACUUAUCAAUGAAUCUCUGAGGGACCAGCUGUUGGUGACCAUCCAGAAGACUUUCACGUACACUCGGACCCAAGCCCAGCAUCUGUUCAUCAUCCUCAUGGAGUGCAUGAAAAAGAAGGAAUUGAUUACGGUAUUCCGGAUGGGAUCAGAAGGACACCAGGACAUUGACUUAGCUAUCCUGACAGCUUUGCUCAAAGGAGCAAAUGCCUCGGCCCCCGACCAGCUGAGCUUAGCUCUAGCCUGGAACAGAGUGGACAUCGCUCGCAGCCAGAUCUUUAUUUAUGGGCAGCAGUGGCCGGUGGGGUCUUUGGAGCAAGCCAUGUUGGAUGCCCUAGUUCUGGACAGAGUGGAUUUUGUGAAAUUACUCAUAGAGAAUGGAGUAAGCAUGCACCGUUUUCUCACCAUCUCCAGACUAGAGGAAUUGUACAAUACGAGACAUGGGCCCUCAAACACAUUGUACCACUUGGUCAGGGAUGUCAAAAAGGGGAACCUGCCUCCGGAUUACAGAAUCAGCCUGAUAGACAUCGGCCUGGUGAUAGAAUACCUGAUGGGCGGGGCUUACCGCUGCAACUACACGCGCAAGCGCUUCCGGACGCUCUACCACAAUCUCUUCGGCCCCAAGAGGCCCAAAGCCUUGAAACUACUGGGAAUGGAGGAUGAUGUCCCCUUGAGGCGAGGAAGAAAGACCACCAAGAAGAGAGAAGAAGAGGUGGACAUUGACUUGGACGACCCUGAGAUCAACCACUUCCCUUUCCCUUUCCACGAGCUGAUGGUGUGGGCCGUCCUGAUGAAGAGGCAGAAGAUGGCCCUGUUCUUCUGGCAGCACGGCGAGGAGGCCAUGGCCAAGGCCCUGGUGGCCUGUAAACUUUGCAAAGCCAUGGCUCAUGAGGCUUCAGAGAAUGACAUGGUCGACGACAUCUCCCAGGAGCUGAACCACAACUCCAGGGACUUCGGCCAGCUGGCUGUGGAGCUCCUCGACCAGUCGUACAAGCAGGAUGAGCAGCUGGCCAUGAAGCUGCUGACGUACGAGCUGAAGAACUGGAGCAAUGCCACCUGCCUGCAGCUCGCCGUGGCGGCCAAGCACCGCGACUUCAUCGCGCACACGUGCAGCCAGAUGCUGCUCACGGAUAUGUGGAUGGGCCGGCUGCGCAUGCGCAAGAACUCAGGCCUCAAGGUAAUUCUGGGAAUUCUACUUCCUCCUUCAAUUCUCAGCUUGGAGUUCAAGAACAAAGACGACAUGCCCUACAUGUCUCAGGCCCAGGAAAUCCACCUUCAAGAGAAGGAGCCGGAAGAGCCAGAGAAGCCCACGAAGGAAAAAGAUGAAGAGGACAUGGAAUUGACAGCAAUGUUGGGACGCAACAAUGGGGAGUCUUCCAGAAAGAAGGAUGAAGAGGAAGUUCAGAGCAGACACCGGCUGAUCCCCCUGGGCAGAAAAAUCUAUGAAUUCUACAACGCACCCAUCGUGAAGUUCUGGUUCUACACCCUGGCGUACAUCGGGUAUCUGAUGCUCUUCAACUACAUCGUGUUGGUGAAGAUGGAGCGCUGGCCUUCCACACAGGAAUGGAUCGUCAUUUCCUACAUAUUCACCCUGGGAAUAGAAAAGAUGAGAGAGAUUCUAAUGUCGGAGCCAGGGAAGUUGCUGCAGAAAGUGAAGGUGUGGUUGCAGGAAUACUGGAACGUCACAGACCUGAUAGCCAUCCUUUUGUUCUCUGUCGGAAUGAUCCUUCGUCUCCAAGACCAGCCCUUCAGGAGUGAUGGGAGAGUCAUCUAUUGUGUGAACAUCAUUUACUGGUACAUCCGUCUACUAGACAUCUUCGGCGUGAACAAGUAUUUGGGCCCCUAUGUAAUGAUGAUUGGAAAAAUGAUGAUAGACAUGAUGUACUUUGUCAUCAUUAUGCUGGUGGUACUGAUGAGUUUUGGGGUCGCCAGGCAAGCCAUUCUCUUUCCCAAUGAGGAGCCAUCAUGGAAACUGGCCAAGAACAUCUUCUACAUGCCCUACUGGAUGAUUUAUGGGGAAGUGUUUGCGGACCAGAUAGACCCUCCCUGUGGACAGAAUGAGACCCGGGAGGAUGGCAAAAUAAUUCAGUUGCCUCCCUGCAAGACGGGAGCCUGGAUUGUGCCGGCCAUCAUGGCCUGCUACCUUUUAGUGGCAAACAUCCUGCUGGUCAACCUGCUCAUCGCCGUCUUUAACAAUACAUUCUUUGAGGUAAAAUCCAUAUCCAACCAAGUGUGGAAGUUUCAGAGGUAUCAGCUUAUCAUGACUUUCCACGAAAGGCCGGUUCUGCCCCCACCUCUGAUCAUCUUUAGCCACAUGACCAUGAUCUUCCAGCAUCUGUGCUGCCGAUGGCGAAAACACGAGAGCGACCCAGACGAGAGGGACUACGGCCUGAAAUUGUUCAUAACUGAUGAUGAGCUCAAGAAAGUACACGAUUUCGAAGAGCAGUGCAUAGAGGAAUAUUUCAGAGAAAAGGAUGAUCGAUUCAACUCGUCCAAUGAUGAGAGGAUACGGGUGACUUCGGAAAGGGUGGAGAACAUGUCCAUGCGGCUGGAGGAAGUCAAUGAGAGGGAGCACUGCAUGAAGGCCUCGCUCCAGACUGUGGACAUCCGGCUGGCGCAGCUCGAGGACCUCAUUGGGCGCAUGGCCACGGCUCUAGAGCGCCUGACAGGUCUGGAGCGGGCCGAGUCCAACAAAAUCCGCUCCCGGACCUCGUCUGACUGCACAGACGCCGCCUACAUCGUUCGCCAGAGCAGCUUCAACAGCCAGGAGGGGAACACCUUUAAGCUCCAAGAGAGUAUAGACCCUGCAGGUGAGGAGACCAUGUCCCCAACUUCUCCAACCCUAAUGCCCCGUAUGAGAAGCCAUUCUUUCUAUUCGGUCAAUAUGAAAGACAAAGGUGGUAUAGAAAAGUUGGAAAGUCUUUUUAAAGAAAGGUCCCUGAGCCUACACCGGGCUACUAGCUCCCACUCUGUAGCGAAAGAGUCCAAAGCUCCUGCAGCCCCCGCAAACACCUUGGCCAUUGUUCCCGACUCUAGAAGACCGUCUUCGUGUAUAGACAUCUAUGUCUCCACCAUGGAUGAACUCCACUGUGAUAUGGACCCUCUGGACAAUUCCAUGAACAUCCUUGGGCUGGGGGAGCCCAGUUUUUCGGCUCCAGCACCUUCCACAGCUCCUUCAAGUAGUGCCUAUGCAACUCUUGCACCCACAGACAGACCUCCAAGCCGGAGCAUCGAUUUUGAGGACAUCACCUCCAUGGACACGAGAUCUUUUUCUUCAGACUAUACCCACCUCCCAGAAUGCCAAAACCCCUGGGACACUGACCCUCCAAUAUACCAGAGCAUCGAGCGCUCCAAAAGUAGCCGCUACCUAGCCACCACUCCCUUUCUUCUAGAAGAGGCCCCCAUUGUUAAAUCUCAUAGCUUUAUGUUUUCUCCAUCGAGGAGCUACUAUGCCAACUUUGGGGUGCCCAUGAAAACAGCAGAAUACACAAGUAUUACAGAUUGUAUUGACACCAGGUGUGUCAAUGCCCCUCAAGCGAUUGCUGACAGGGCCACCUUCCCUGGUGCCCUGGGAGGCAAAGUGGAGGAUCCAUCUUGCUGCCAUCCUGAGCGAGAAGCAGAACUGAGUCACCCCAGCUCUGACAGCGAGGAGAACGAGGCCAAAGGCCGCAGAGCCACCAUCACAGUACCCUCCCAGGAGGGUGAUAACUCGGACAGAACCCUGUCCAACAACAUCACGGUUCCCAAGAUAGAGCGUGCCAACAGCUACUCGGCAGAGGAGCCAAGUGCGUCAUAUGCACACACCAGGAAGAGCUUCUCCAUCAGUGACAAGCUCGACAGGCAGCGGAACACAGCAAGCCUGCGAAACCCCUUCCAGAGGAGUAAGUCCUCCAAGCCAGAGGGACGAGGGGACAGCCUGUCCAUGAGGAGACUGUCCAGAACAUCCGCCUUCCACAGCUUUGAAAGCAAGCACAACUAAACCUUCUUAGCACUGCAGGAGGCUCAAGAAUCCAGCCCUGAAAUUCUCCCUGAACUUCACCUGUUCCCCUUCCUUGAAGCUUACCUGCUUUAUUCUUAGCUGAGCAAAACAAGCAAUGCCUUGGGAGGUGUUAACUUGAAGGUGACCUCUGGGCCGCAGAUCAAGAAAGCACUUGGUCUAGCCCAGUGCCAAACACAGGGGCUUUAAGUCGUGUUCACAUUCAAUGGGUAGGGUGGGAAAAGAGGGAGAAGAAGGGGUGCGGUGAGUGUGUAGGUCUAGCGACUUCAGAAAGCCAUGAGCUCUGGGAAUGAAGGGGCUUCAAGCACUCUCUAUGCCAGGAGGCAUCUUUCCAUUUCUGACCAUUAUCAAGAGUUUUAGGAUACAGGGCUAAAUUGCAAAAUAAGAUAAACUAAAGUAGCCAGCAUACAAAUGAGAUAUUCUAAACUUCAAUUCUGUUUUCUUUUCACAUUGGCUCCAUCACUGGUGACUGAUGAAGAGCAUCCUUUUUAUUCAGUAUAAGCCGGCAGCAAGCAGUUCUACCUAACGUCCCACAUCCUUCUCAUGCCAACACUUCUGUAAUUGAUCAUUAUAAAGAAAAAACAAGGUAACAGUCAUAGUUCACCUGUCUCUUCUAUAUUCACUUCUGGUGCCACAACUGUUUAUCUUUUUUGAAGAAAAUAAAGGGAACAGAAAUGCCUUUUUGUGUUGCAAGCAAAAUGAAAGAAGAAUUGAGGCUAAAAACAAGGGUCAAGUAGUUUAUUAUAGACAGUGGGCAUUCGAGUAUAGUCGAGCAAGCUCAGGAUGAAUGUAAUUAAAUAAUUUUAUAUUUUUAAUUUAUUUUGUAUCUCACUUGUCAUCAUUGAAGUCACUCA